AUGAGCAGCGGCGACCUGUGGAUGCGCGACCUUAUAACGACGUACGGGCUUGCGCUUCUGGUCAGUGCAUGUGCGCUAAUCGUCUUUUCGUGGAGCUGGUCGCGAUUCCGGCAAAAUCAUUUCAAGUCGUUCCUACUGGGCUUCGAAUGCGAAUGUGCGCAGCUCGCAUCGGCCCACAAAAAGCGCCUGUUCUCGGUACUGCGACAAACAGUCUCGCACGACGAGCUGUUGCGAUCCUUGAAUCGCAUAAGAAUCCUGGAAAUAGGCGUGAAAACAGGUGACAAUAUUCAAUAUUACCCUGAAGGGACUCACUUCAUAGGAGUAGACUGGAAUCGUAAGCUAGGAGAGUACCUUGUCAAUGGAGACAGAUCGUGGCAGUUUGCUCACGUGAUCUUCGAGCGCCUCAUUAUCGGCGACGGCAGUUGUAUGAGAGCCGUUCCGACGGGUUGCGUUGACGUUGUCGUCACCACGCGAUCACUUUGCUCAACCGACUCGAUUACCGACACGCUUCGGGAAAUUCAUCGAGUUCUAGCCCCCGGUGGCACGUAUCUCUUUAUGGAGCAUUUGCCAGACAAACCGGGAUCUUUUGUCGCAUGGAUACAGAUGAUGUUGACUAAAACCAAGAUAUGGCCUUCGCUUUUUGGGGCUUGCAGAUUAGACUUCGAUCCGAUAGAGCAUUUGGAAAGAAGUCGCCUGAAAAACCUCAGUUGGCAACGUAUCGUUUUACAAGGCUACGUAUCACAACCUCAUCAUUUGCUGCUAUCGAGGCAUCAUAUUAUCGGCUCUGCUUCCCGAUAG